AUGGAGUCCUCUUCCGCGACGCCAUGGACUCCUACACAAGGAAAGGACGUACUGCCCCACAAGGGUGACAUGGAUGAUUUGAUCAACUCCGUCGCCGUUGAUUCUGCCUACGGUGAGGCCGCCGCCAUGGAUCAUGCCGUCAUCACCGUUGAUGCCAUCGACGCCGGAGUUGUAGCCCACCUUGAACAACCAAGUACACCACAGCCAACAUCUUCUCCGAGUAUAGCAAAAAGUUGCAAAGAACAUUUGAAGCCUAUGGUUGGAAUGAUAUUUGAUACACUUACAGAUGUGGAGAAAUUUUACAAAUCGUAUGCACAUGAAGCUGGUUUCUCUGUUCGUGUUGGUCAGCACAAGAAGCAAAAUGAGGAAAUAUUAUUCAAGCGGUAUUACUGUUCAAGGGAAGGGUACAGAAAGGAGAGCAUGAAAGAUGUUACUGAUGAAUCUGGAAAAACAAAAAGAAAGACACCAAAUGUGAUGGAAACCAGAUGUGGCUGUGAAGCACAUAUUGUUGUCAAGCUUGGCAGUGACAAGAAGUAUCGAAUAUCUUCAAUUGUUGAGGAGCACAGCCAUGGUUUUGUGUCGCCAGAUAAGAGGCACUUGCUAAGAUCCAGCCGUGCUGUUAGUGAGAGGGCAAAGAGUACUUUGUUCAGUUGUCAUAAGGCUAGCAUUGGCACGUCCCAGGCAUUUCGACUUCUCCAAGUCAGUGACAGUGGAUUUCAUAAUGUUGGGUGCACACUGAGGGAUUUGCAGAACUAUUACCGUGACCUGAGGAGCAAAAUAAAGGAUGCUGAUGCACAAAUGUUUGUAGGACAACUUGAGCGAAAGAAGGAAGUAAAUCCUGCCUUCUUUUAUGAGUUUAUGGUGGAUAAACAAGGACGACUUGUUCGUGUCUUUUGGGCAGAUGCCAUAUGCAGGAAAAACUGUAGUGUUUUUGGUGAUGUGAUUUCGGUAGAUUCAACAUAUACCACUAACCAAUAUAAUAUGAAGUUUGUGCCAUUUACUGGAGUCAAUCAUCACUUGCAAAGUGUUUUCCUUGGGGCAGCAUUCUUGGCUGAUGAAAAGAUUGAGUCAUUUGUAUGGUUGUUUCAAACCUUUCUUAAGGCUACGGGGGGAGUAGCACCUCGUCUAAUCAUAACAGAUGAAGAUGCAAGCAUGAAGGCUGCUAUUGCUCAGAUUCUACCAAGUACAAUUCAUAGACUUUGCAUGUGGCAUAUCAUGGAAAAGGUACCUGAGAAGGUUGGGCCCUCCAUAAGACAGGAUGGUGAGUUCUGGGAUAGAUUACACAAGUGUGUUUGGGGCUCCGAGGAUUCAGAUGAUUUUGAGUCUCAAUGGAAUUCUAUCAUGGCAAAAUAUGGGCUCAUUGGAAAUGAAUGGUUUUCCACAAAGUUUGAUAUUCGGCAAUCAUGGAUUCCGGCAUACUUUAUGGACAUACCUCUAGCGGGAAUCCUUAGGACUACAUCACGAUCGGAAAGUGCAAAUUCUUUUUUUAACCGUUUCAUUCAUCGAAAAUUGACAUUUGUUGAGUUUUGGCUAAGGUUUGACAUAGCUUUGGAGUGCCAACGCCAAGAGGAGUUGAAAGCCGACAAUACAAGUCUUCACACCAAUCCAAAAUUGAUGACACCAUGGGCCAUGGAGAAGCAAUGUAGUGAUAUAUAUACACAUGAAGUUUUUAGUAAGUUUCAGGAACAACUCAUAGUUGCAAGAGACCAUUGCAUUAUUCAAGGAAUUUCAGAGUUUGAAGAUAUGAAAACUGUCACCAUCAGCAGCUUAUCUGGAAAAGAACGAGUGGUUCAGAUGAACAAGUCAAACAUAGAACUAUUUUUUGACGACGAAGGUAACCUUCUGGAUGAAAAGGCUAAAGAUCCUAUGGAGGUGGAAACGCGGAAAAAAAUUUCAGAUUCACGCAACAAGUUUGAAGAUCUUAUCCAAAUGGCCAAGAACUCUGAACAAGGGAUAAAGUUUUUAUACUCUAGUUUAUCCAACCUUGAAGAACCUCUCCAAAAGAUUAUUCCUGCUGCUACAGUUAAUAAACAGGAUAAGUUUGAAUCAUUCCUUGGCAGCAAAAUUCCAGAUGAAGUCAAGAUACAUCCACCAAAUGAUAUCAAGUCCAAAGGGCGAUGCAAAAGAAUUAAGAAGAGCAAGGAGAAGACGGCACCAAAAAAACGCAAGUGUGGAAAAUGCAAGCAAGUAGUGGAUCAUGAUGCACGGAAUUGCCCAAACAAUGUUGUUGGCUGA